AUGCGACAACCAGCAAUGCCAAUUCGCUCGCCCUUCGAGUCUUCCAUCGCGAAGCCGGGCCAGGGCAAUGUCGUCCUUUCUUUACUUCCGCCAAAUAACCCCACUCUCACUACUCUCACCUACAAAUAUCCUCUGAAGCUGGUUCCGCGAGCUCCAGGAUUCGUUCCAACACCUGACCCAGCCACAUUAUCUGACAAAUGCCCCUCAAGACCUGUUCAUCUCUACCUUCUCACCUAUGGCGGCGGACUGCUCCCAGGUGACCAUAUCGAGGUGUCGAUCAAGCUUGAUCCUCGCACGAGAAUGGUCGUUACGACCCCACAAGGAAGCACCAAGAUCUUCAAGACAGAUCCUAGCACCGAGUCAAGUUUUAACGUGAUCAAGGGUCAUCGUAAGAAGAUGCCCGCCAACGAACAUCUCUCAGAUAUGAGUCAGCAGUCCCUCGAUGUGAAGAUUGGCCGCCAGGCCGCUCUUUGCUACCUGCCUGAUCCUUCUGUCCCUUACAAGAACAGUCGUUAUGCUCAGGUGCAGACAUUUACUGUUGAUGCUGCAGCCAAGGGCGAGCAGCGCAGUAGUCUCUGUGUUUUGGACUGGGUGACGCAAGGUCGCACGUCCCGUGGUGAGAACUGGAAUUUCCGCUUUUGGAAAGGACGAAAUGAAGUCUGGGCCACGGACGAGAAGACUGGCAAGAGUCGCUUAUUAUUACGAGACUCCGUCAUUUUGGACGAUGAGUCUGAGGCUUUGGACGACUCUGAUGAGGAUAUGGAAGAAGGCGUGGAAACUGGAUUAAAUUCCCAUUCUGGCCGCGCAGAGACACCUCCCCCUCAAGCUGGUCUCGUGCCCUUGAAUAUCAUUCAAGAACGAACCCGUCCUCAUGGAGUUGUGGGCACCCUGAUCUUAUCCGGUCCCGUCUUCGACAGCCUCGGUGCCUACCUUAUGCAUCAAUUCACAUCGCAACCUCGCAUUGGUAGCAGGAAUUGGUCUUCCACUUCCUCCUCGGCGCCUGAACCAUCUUUAAGCACGAAGGGUGAUGUCACAUGGACCGCUGCGCGCGUCCGUGCUGGCUUCGUCUUGGUGAAGUUCGGUGCCAAGGACUUCGAGACCGCUAAGGACUGGCUUGGUGGCCUGCUCCGUGAAGAAGGUAGCAUCGUACGCGAGUUUGGCGAGGAAGCCCUGUUCUGUCUUUAA